AUGUCUUUCUUCAAGAAACUCAAAGACGAAAUCAAGGAGAUGCUGCAUGAUGAUGAUGACAAGGACAAACAGAAGAAACAGAGUCAGAAAAUGGACUACCCUCCUACCGAUCAGCAUAGAGACUUCAAUCAGAACUCCAACAUAUACAAUCAAUACCCACCGUACGGCCAACAACCUGGUCCUCAGUACGCACACAGCCCACCUCCUCCGCCAUCCGGAUAUGGUCAACCUCAACCCGGUCCGCAGCUCCCUCCCGGCUGGAUUGCCCAGUGGGACGCCAACUCCCAGCGAUGGUACUAUCUGGAGCAAGCCACUGGUCGAACACAGUGGGAACUGCCAAGCUGGAACGGGCCUCUGGCAGGCGUACCUGGGUUUCAGCAAGGGUCUGGCCAUGCAAUGCCCGCUGUUCCGUAUAUGCAAGGACACGGCGAGCAUUCGAGAGAGUACUACACCGGCUCCGGUGGACAGAAAAAGGGUUCGGGAACGGGAGGCAUGGUCGCUGCAGGACUUGGCGGGGCGGCUAUCGGUGCUAUCGCUGGGCAUGCGCUGGGGGACUCGGAUAGCGAUGACGGAGCACGCGCUACCGCAGCAGGAGGAGCACCGUACGCACCACCACCGACUGGCGGAUAUCCUGCUGCCGCUCCACCCACCGAGCCGCCACUCGAGUACAACCCGGAACUCUCUUCGAGCCAGCGGUCGUCCUUGCAAGAUGCCCGCGAAGAUCUUGAAGAAGCCAGAGCCGAAGUCGCCGAGGAUUCAGAUCCGAGUAGUAGUGAUGUCGAGGACUUGAGACAGGCCCAGGAGGAGUAUGCGAGUGAAGUUGAAAGUGCUCACGAGGAGCUUGAGGAUUGA